UCCUCGUCAGGCAGCAUCAGGACCACAAGCAUCUCCAUCGUCGUUGUCCUCCUGACGCCACAGCAAACCGAAUAGACGAUCUUUGUCUGACAAAAAAAAAAAAGGCUGCCGUCCGCGGUGGGGGGGAGGCUUUUUUUUUCUUUUUUUUUUUUUCUUCCUCCGGUGAUGCUCACCGCCUCCCGGUGGGAUGCACAUCAGUGUUUGGCCCUGCUCGCUCCCCGUCGUCAUGGCCGCACUCUACCAGGGCACCGACGCCUCCUCCUCUCCGGAUAAAUUCCUGGCCCUGAAAGACGUGAGGGAGGUGAAGGAGGAGACCACCCUGGACGAGAAGCUCUUCCUGCUGGCCUGCGAGAAAGGCGACUACUACAUGGUGAAGAAGCUGCUGGAAGAGAACCGCCACGGCGAGAUCAACGUCCACAGCGUGGACGUGCUGGGCCGAGACGCCAUCACCAUCGCCAUCGAGAACGAGAACCUGGACAUCCUGCAGCUCCUGCUGGAGCACGGCUGCCAGGCCACUGAUGCCCUGCUGGUUGCCAUCGACUCCGAGGUGGUGGGAGCGGUGGACAUCCUCCUCAACCACAGACCCAGACGCUCCUCCAAGCCCUCCAUCGCCAAGCUGAUGCAGCGCAUCCAGAACCCGGAGUACUCCACCACCAUGGACGUGGCGCCCGUCAUCCUGGCGGCGCACAGGAACAACUACGAGAUCCUCACCAUGCUGCUGAAGCAGGACAUCUCGCUGCCCAGGCCGCACGCCGUCGGCUGCGAGUGCACGCUCUGCAACGCCAAAAACAAGAAGGACAGUUUACGCCACUCCAGGUUCCGGCUGGACAUCUACCGCUGCCUGGCCAGCCCCUCCCUCAUCAUGCUGACGGAGGAGGACCCCAUCCUCAGGGCCUUCGAGCUGAGCACGGACCUGAAGGAGCUGAGUCUGGUGGAGGUGGAGUUCAGGAACGACUACGACGAGCUGGCCAAGCAGUGCAAGAUGUUCGCCAAGGACCUGCUGGCUCAGGCUCGCAACUCCCGAGAGCUGGAGGUCAUCCUCAACCACACGUCCAGCGAGGACCCCGUGGACAAGAGGGGCCUCCUGGAGGAGCGCAUGAACCUCAGCCGCCUCAAACUGGCCAUCAAGUACAACCAGAAGGAGUUUGUGUCUCAGUCCAACUGCCAGCAGUUCCUCAACACGGUGUGGUUCGGCGAGACGGCCAGCUACCGGCGCAAGCACACGUGUCUGAAGAUCUCCACGGUGCUGAGCGUGGCCGCGCUGUGGCCGCUGCUCUCCGCGUGCUACCUGCUGGUGCCGCGCUCCCGCGUGGGCCAGAUCAUCCACACGCCCUUCGUCAAGUUCAUCAUCCACAGCGCCUCCUACUUCACCUUCCUGCUGCUGCUCAACCUCUACUCGCUGGUCUACAACGAGGGCAAGAAGAACACCAUGGGCCCCGCGCUGGAGAUGAUCGAUUACCUGCUCAUCCUCUGGAUCAUAGGAAUGGUGUGGUCGGAUGUGAAGCGUCUUUGGUACGGAGGUCUGGAGGACUUCUUGGACGAGUCCAGGAACCAGCUCAGCUUUGUCAUGAAUUCCCUUUACCUGGCGACCUUUGCCCUCAAGAUUGUGGCCCACAGCAAGUUCAAGGAUGUGGAGGACACGGAGAGGAAGAACUGGGACGCCUUCCAUCCCAUCCUGGUCGCUGAAGGCCUGUUUGCCUUCGCCAACGUCCUCAGCUAUUUGCGUCUGUUCUUCAUGUACACCACCAGCUCCAUCCUGGGCCCGCUGCAGAUCUCCAUGGGUCAGAUGCUGCAGGAGUUUGGGAAGUUCCUGGGCCUCUUCCUGCUGGUCCUCUUCUCCUUCACCAUCGGACUGACUCAGCUCUACGGAAAGGACCAGAAAGAUCCGGACAAGAACCAGCCCAGCGACUGCCAGGGCAUCUUCUGCCAGCAGCAGAGCAACGACGCCUUCCACAGCUUCAUGGGCACCUGCUACGCCCUCUUCUGGUACAUCUUCUCUCUGGCGCACGUGGCGCUCUUCGUCACGCGCAUCAGCUACACGGAAGAACUGCGCUCCUUCGUGGGCGCCAUGAUCAUCGGGACCUACAACAUCGUGGUGGUGAUCGUGCUCACCAAGCUGCUGGUGGCCAUGUUGCACAAGAGCUUCAGACAGAUCGCAAACCACGAGGAUAAGGAGUGGAAGUUCGCCCGGGCCAAACUGUGGCUGAGCUACUUUGACGACAAAUGCACGAUGCCGCCUCCCUUCAACAUCCUGCCCUCGCCCAAGACUGUGUGCUACCUGCUCACCUCCAUCAGCAAGUGGGUGUGCUCCCACACCUCCAAAGGCCGCGUCAAGAGACAGAACAGCCUCAAGGAGUGGAAGAACCUGAAGCAGAAGCGUGACGAGAACUACCAGAAGAUCAUGUGCUGCCUGGUGCACCGCUACUUGACGUCCACGCGGCAGAAGAUGCAGAGCACGGACCAGGCCACCGUGGAGAACCUCAACGACCUGCGACAAGACCUCUCCAAGUUCCGCAACGAGAUGAGAGACCUGCUGGGCUUCCGGACCUCCAAGUACGCCAUGUUCUACCCGCGGAGCUAGAAGGGUCCUGGACUCCGACCAGGGAAGUGACUUCACCGUUUAUCUGCUUUUUUGUCAACACAUCAAUAAAUAUUUGAUGUCUUCAUC